AGUGAAAUCGUGUGAUUAACCCUUCGCUGGCGUUGUGACACUUUCUGUAACUUCGUAUUAAAAAAAGGGCAGCUGCGCAAGUGGAGUGCAGGUGGGGGUUAAACCAGUUGGUAGUAUUCCAUUUACACGUGGCCUUUUAGCUGAAUUUUCCAUGCACUUGCUAUCUAUAAUGGUUUCCACGAAACCCUGAACUGUACCUUAACCCACUGAGGAUCGCACUCCCAUUUGGACCCCAUCUUAUGUAAAAACACACUAUUUGUGGAUUGCAAAAGGAAUCCGGAAUCGUAAGGCCAUGGAUUCGGCCACAAAUCUCCUGGAGCGUCAGGGCUCAGCGGCUGAUGUGAGUGGCGGGAGCCAUCCCGCCGAAGUAGAGGUAACCACCCAGGCUCGUGCCACUUUUGGCAUGGACGCCGAAGGACAUGCUACCGAGGAGGCAGUGACCACCACCACGGCCACCUUGCGUAGGGAAGGAUCCGACGAGGACAUCUUUGAGCAGGUGCAGAUGAUUCUGCGCAAGCGACGUGGCUGGGGGCCGGAGGACUCGCUCAGCCCCAAUGAUCUGGACAUUCUGGAGUACGACGAUGAGUUGGGCGAGGAGGAUGACGCCGGUUGUCCACUCCCCUCGACCCCGGAGGACACACAGCUUAUUGAGGCGGAGAUGACGGAAGUGCUGAAGGCCGGAGUUCUCUCCGAUGAAAUUGAUUUGGGCGCAUUGGCACACAAUGCCGCCGAACAGGCAGAGGAGUUUGUGCGCAAGGUCUGGGAGGCUAGCUGGAAGGUGUGUCACUACAAAAAUCUACCCAAGUGGCUGCAGGAUAACGACUUCCUACACCGCGGCCAUCGCCCACCGCUGCCCUCUUUCCGUGCGUGCUUUAAAUCGAUUUUCCGCGUACACACGGAAACAGGCAACAUCUGGACACAUCUUCUUGGCUGCAUCGCCUUCAUCGGCGUGGCUUUGUACUUCAUCUCGCGUCCCUCGGUUGAGAUCCAAACACAGGAGAAGAUCGUUUUCGGCGCCUUCUUCAUCGGGGCCAUUGUAUGUCUAGGAUUCUCAUUCGCUUUUCACACACUGAGCUGUCAUUCUGUAGAGAUGGGAAGACUGUUUUCGAAACUUGACUAUUGUGGAAUUGCGCUGCUGAUCAUGGGUUCCUUUGUGCCUUGGCUGUACUAUGGCUUCUACUGUCAUUACCAGCCAAAGGUGAUAUACCUAUCUGUUGUGAGCAUUCUGGGCAUCCUCUCCAUCGUAGUCUCGCUAUGGGACAAGUUUUCGGAGCCGGCACUUCGUCCCUUGCGCGCUGGCGUGUUUAUGAGCUUUGGCCUGUCCGGUGUGAUCCCAGCUAUUCACUACAGCAUCAUGGAGGGCUGGUUCAGCCAGAUGAGCCGCGCCAGUCUGGGUUGGCUGAUUCUGAUGGGCCUCCUAUACAUUCUUGGCGCGUUGCUGUAUGCCCUCCGUGUUCCCGAGCGCUGGUUCCCUGGAAAGUUCGACAUUUGGGGUCAAUCACAUCAAAUAUUCCACAUACUGGUCAUUGCGGCUGCCUUUGUCCACUACCACGGCAUCUCUGAAAUGGCCAUGUACCGUGUCAUGUAUAGCGAAUGCACUGUUCCCAUCGAACCAAUAACCUUUUAGAUGCUGAAGUAGAUGCCAAGGAACAAUCAUCGUAAAAGCACAUACAAUCCCAUUCAUAUUAAUACAUAUAUUAAUGCGAACUAGCGCAGUUUUACAAUGCAACCUGUUUAGCGUUUGGGGAGCAUUUGUACCUUGUUAUACAAAAUCAACGGAACCAUAUUCAAGACACAAACACACACUUUACACACAAUUACGCGCAUUUAUCAUCAAAAUCUAACAUAUAAAAAAAGAUAGCAAAAACAGUUGAUUGUCGAAUGAAAUCUGCAGUAGAGUAAUUAAUAUAUGUAUGUACAAUUAUUUAUAAAAUUCCCAUUUGUCUACUUAA